UCCUCUCUGUGAGCAGUAAUCUCCACUCACGCUCGCUGCCUCACAGUGAUCUGAACUGCCACAGUGAAUCUCUCUCCUCCAUCAGCUUCACUUUCUCCCCAGUGAGGAUGACAUCCCCGAUUUUGAUGAACCAGCGAAGCUUUCAUUCCAGCAGGAGGCUUCCGAGGGAGACCCCACACGAACGGGCUUAUGGGAUGAGGAGGAGCUGUGUCUAAGGAGCUUCAUAGAAAACCUGCCAGCCCUAGAAGGCACUGGAUUACCGACUUCAGUCAUCAGCUCUCAAAUUAGGAUCAUCUCUCUGGAAAAAACAAACUACUCUCACACUCAAAGUAGUCGAGAAAACCAGGCAAAUGUCACAGGUUGAACAAGAGAUCUCACCGGUCCAGAGAAAGAUGUCUGACCUUGAGUCAGUUCUCCAGCAGAAGGACAUCGAACUGAAGGCAUCAGAGACUCAGAGGACAAUUCUGGAACAGGACUUGGCAACGUACAUCACAGAAUGCAGUAGUUUGAAGCGCAGUUUAGAACAAGCACGUUUGGAAGUGACCCAAGAAGAUGAUAAAGCACUCCAGCUGCUACAUGGCAUCCGAGAGCAAAGCAACAAGCUUCAGGAGAUCAAAGAGCAGGAGUACCAUGCUCAACUAGAGGAGAUGCGAGUUUCCAUUAGACAGCUGGAAGAGGACCUGUCUGCUGCCCGUCGCCGCAGCGAUCUGUAUGAAGCUGAGCUGAAGGAGUCUCGACAAGCCAAUGAGGAGCUGAAGAGGAAGGCUGCAGACUAUCAGCACAGGAUUCAGAAGGCCAAAGAGCAGGGAAAAGCAGAGGUAGAGGAGAUGGUCACCAAACUGGAAAAGGCUGGUGCUGAGCAGCAGGUGAAGAUCCAGGACCUACAAGAGAAGCUUGCAAAGACAUCAAAGGCCAGUGCUGAGGCGACAGACCAUCUUCAGGGUAUGAAAAUGGCCAAAGAGCGCCUGGAGCGGGACCUAGACAGGUUGCAGAAUAAGGAGGACUCCAGUGACAGCCUGCGCAGACGUCUCCGUGAGACUGAGGAUGGAAGGAAAACUCUUGAGAACCAAGUGAAAAGGCUGGAGAUUGUUGAGCGCCGGGAGACUAAACUAAAAGAUGAGCUUCAGAGCAAGGCUCAGCAGAUUCAGCAGAUGGCAGAAAAGAUUCUGGAGUUGGAGGAGAAUCUGCGAGAGACCCAGUCAACAGCCCAACGGCUAGAAACCCAUCUGAAACAGAAGGAAAAGCUCUACGAAGACAAAAUAAAGGUUCUGGAGGCUCAAAUGAAGGCGGACAUGGCAGAUAAGGAGAUACUGGAGUCCAGUCAGAGCAAAUAUGAGGAGGAGGUGCGGGAGAAGUGCACCAUCAUCAGUGAACAGAAGGCGACCAUUAAUGCAAUGGACUCAAAGAUGAACAGCCUGGAGCAGAGAAUUGCAGAGCUGUCAGAGGCUAAUAAACUGGCAGCUAACAGCAGUAUCUACACUCAGAAGAACAUGAAAGCUCAAGAAGAGAUGAUCUCUGAGCUUCGCCAGCAGAAGUUUUACCUGGAGUCUCAGGCUGGAAAGUUGGAAGCCCAGAAUGCCAAACUGGAAGAGCAUCUUGAGAAAAUGAGUCAGCAGGAGCAAAGCAAUAAGAGCCGCGUGCUGGAGCUGGAAACUCGGCUCAGAGAGAUUGGACUGGAGCAUGAGGAGCAGAAGCUGGAAAUUAAGCGUCAGGUGACAGAGUUGACCCUGUCGCUGCAAGAGCGCGAAGCUCAAAUUAGCAACUUUCAGGCAGCUCGCCGUGCUCUGGAAAACCAACUACAGCAGGCCAAGACUGAGCUGGAGGAGACCACAGCAGAGGCUGAGGAGGAGAUCACAGUUCUCAGGGCACACCGAGAUGAGAUACAGCGCAAGUAUGAUGCCUUGAGAGACAGCUGUGCUGUGAUCACUGAUCUUGAGGAGCAGCUAACCACACUGACUCAGGAGAAUGCUGAGCUGAACCGCCAGAACUUUUACCUGUCCAAGCAGCUGGACGAGGCCUCUGAUGAGAGGGAGGAUCGGCUGCACCUCAGCCAGGAUGUUGACAGGCUGCGACAUGAGGUUGCUGACCGUGAAAUGCACCUCAACAACCAGAAGCAAAACCUUGAGACUCUGAAGACCACGUGCACCAUGCUGGAAGAACAAGUUGUUGAGCUAGAGAGCCUGAAUGAUGAACUGCUGGAGAAGGAGAGACAAUGGGAAGCCUGGAGGUCAACACUAGAAGAGGAGAAGAACCAGGCCGAGAGGAGAACCAGGGAGGUCCAGAGGCUGCUGGAUACUGAGAAACAGAACAGGCUUCGCACGGAGCAGCGUUGUACUGAGUCUCGUCAGGCUGUGGAACAAGCCGUUAAAGAGCACAAAGCUGAGAUCCUGGCCCUGCAACAAGCUCUUAAAGACCAGAAACUCAAAGCUGAGAGCCUUGCAGACACUUUAAAUGAUUUGGAGAAGAAGCAUUCCAUGCUGGAGAUGAAUGCCCGCAGUUUGCAGCAGAAGCUGGAGACUGAGAGGGAUGUGAAGCAAAGACUGCUGGAAGAACAGGAGAAGCUGCAGCAGCAGCUGGAUGCCCAGAAGACUCAUAUAUUCCACCUGACCCAGGGACUGCAGGAUGCUUUGGACCAGACAGAUUUACUGAAAACAGAGAGGACUGACUUGGAAUACCAGCUGGAGAACAUCCAGGCUGUAUACUCUCAUGAGAAGGUGAAAAUGGAGGGAACCAUCACCCAGCAGACCAAGCUUAUAGACUUUCUUCAGGCUCAGGCCCAUGGUGGCUCCAAGAAGAAAAAAGGUCUUUUUGGGCGUAGGCGAGAGGACCUCUUAGCUGCCAUGGCUGCUCAGGCCCAGGCGCAGGGUCAGAGUCAGGGUCAAGGUCAGGUGUCCCCAGUGCCCCCCGUUCAGCCAGUGCCUUUGCAGUACAGUGACAUGAAGGCAGCUCUGGACAAAGAGCGUGCUCGUUGCUCUGAGCUGGAAGAUGCUCUACAGAAAAUGAGAGCAGAGCUGCGAUCUCUGAGAGAAGAAGCUCUCCAGUGUAAGGAUCAUGGCAGCACUACAAACCCAGGCACAGCAAGGCAGCAGAUAAUUAUGUCUGCUAUGGUGAAGUCUCCUGAGCAUCAGCAGGGCCCGACUAGCCUGGCACCCUCCAACUCAGGACGCAGGAAGGAUACUCCAACACCUGAAGAGGGAAGGAGGGUCACAUUUGAAAAAUACAGCCGUCGUUUGAAGGACAGUCAGAGAGACCGAGAGAGGGAGCGAGAGCGGGUGCUCCACCACAACACUCCUCACCGAUUCACAGUGGGACUCAACAUGAGAGCCGCCAAGUGUACUGUGUGCCUGGAUACCGUUCACUUUGGUCGCCAAGCAGCAACGUGUCUUGAAUGUCAUGCUCUGUGCCAUCCAAAGUGCUCAGCCUGCCUUCCCGCCACCUGUGGCAUGUCGAGUGACUGCUCGCUGCAUCUCUCUGAGGGCCUGUGUCGAGACAAAGGCAGUUCUCCAGGCCAACAGAUCAAAGAGGCCGGUGGGCACAUGCAUCUGGAGGGUUGGAUGAAGCAGCCCAGGAAUGGAAAACGGGGUCAGGGCUGGGAGAGAAAAUAUGUCGUCCUGGAUGGCACUAAAGUUUCCAUCUAUGAGAUUGAGCCAAGAGAAGAGUCUGUGAAGCCACUGGAGGAGUUUGACCUGUGUCUGUCAGAGGGAGAGGUGAUGAUUCAUGGAGCUGUUGGAGCAUCUGAGCUACCAAACACUGCCAAAUCUGAUGUUCCCUACAUCCUGAAGCUCGAGUCCCGUUGCCAUGCCCCCUGCUGGCCUGGUCAGGCCAUUUAUUUCAUGGCCCCCAGUUUCCCAGACAAACAGCGAUGGGUGGCUGUGAUGGAGUCUGUGGUGGCCGGGGGACGAGCCGCUCGAGAGAAGGCAGAGGCUGACGCAAAGCUACUUGGAAAUUCUCUGCUGAAACUGGAGGGGGAUGAUAGACUGGAUAUUAACUGCACACUUCCUCUAACUGAUCAGAUUGUUCUGGUGGGAUCUGAAGAGGGACUGUAUGCUCUGAAUGUCAUAAAGAACUCCCUGACUCACAUCCCUGGCCUAGGAUCAGUUUUUCAGAUACAGAUCAUCAAAGAGCAGGAGAAACUGUUGAUGAUUGUUGGGGAUGAGCGGGCCUUGUGUCUGGUGGAGAUUAAGAGAGUGAAGCAGUCCCUGGCCCAGUCCCACCUGCCCAGCCAAACUGAACUGGCUCCCUACAUCUUUGAGACUGUGAAAGGCUGCCAUCUGUUUGCUGCUGGGAGAGUUGACAACGGGCCUUGUAUAUGUGCUGCGAUGCCAAACAAGAUAACCAUAUUGCGCUAUAAUGACAAUCUCAACAAAUACUGCAUCCGCAAAGAAAUUGAAACUCUGGAGCCCUGCAGCUGCAUUCAUCUGACCAGCUACAGCAUCAUCAUCGGCACCAACAAGUUCUAUGAAAUUGAGAUGAAGCAGUAUGUGCUCGAGGAGUUCCUGGACAAGAAUGAUGUAUCGCUGGCCUCAGCCGUGUUCGCAGCCUCUUCUCACAGUUUCCCCAUCGCCAUCAUGCAGGUGGCCAGCAGCCUGCAGAAGGAGGAAUACCUACUCUGUUUUCAUGAAUUUGGUUUCUUUGUGGAUUCGUAUGGACGAAGAAGUCGGACUGAUGAAAUCAAGUGGAGCCGUGUGCCUCUGUCUUUUGCCUAUAGAGAGCCGUACCUGUUUGUCACCUACUUCAACUCCCUGGAUGUCAUUGAAGUUCAAGGACACGCAGCAGUGGGUCCCGCAGUGCUGGCCCACCUAGACAUUCCAAAUCCUCGUUACCUGGGCCCAGCCAUCUCCUCUGGAGCCAUUUACCUCGCCUCUUCCUAUCAGAGUAAACUACGGGUCAUCUGCUGUAAGGGAAGCCUGAUCAGAGAGUCCGGAGAGCUCCAGAGGACCGGCUCCAGCAGAGGUAGUCCCAGUAAGCGAUGCCCCCCCACCUACACGGAGCACAUUACCAAGCGCUUAACUUCAGGCCCUGGCAGCCAUGACGGUUUGCACCGGGAACCGAGCACCCCGCACCGUUACCGAGAGGGUCGCACGGAGUUCAGAAGAGACAAAUCCCCUGCUCGACCCCUGGACAGAGAGAAGUCUCCCGGCAGGGUGCUGGACAGUCGUAGGGAGAGGUCUCCUGGGAGAUUUGGGGACAGCACACGACUCCAUGCUGGGUCUGUCCGAACACAGCUUGCCCCUGUUAACAAGGUCUGGGAUCAGUCAUCAGUGUGAGUCCCCCAUGCUGCUAAUGACUGAAGCUAAGGAAAAAGAACACACAGGAAGCCCUUAAUCCACCUUGAGUUUAAGCACACCAAUCCAUGUCUGAGGCCGGCUGUCAGCCCCAUCGCCUGUACAUACUGCAGCCUGAGGUUCUGGUCCAGCAACACUGCAGAGGCUCGAGUCUCCUGUGACAAUCCUUGUUCCAACAUAUGCUUUCAUGGAAAUUACCCAGCAGUAGAUUUGGUUGGCAGGGAGGCUGCGCUGUUCUCCAGGCAGUGAGACUCUUUUCUUAAAUUCUCAGCUGUACAUAUAUGUGUGAGUUUUUAUAAAGGGAACAAUCGGCUGGUGAAGCCAUGUCUAUUUUUUUUAAAAGAGUUUCUAAAGAUGUUGCAGGGAGGUUCGUAAUGUUGUUAGCUAAGAAAUACAAUAUAACACACUGCUCAAAACAAUAAAGGGAACACUUAAACAACACAAUAUAACUCCAAGUAAAUCAAACUUCUGUGAAAUAUGGACAGGACCGCCCGUUCCCCAGACCUGAAUCCAAUUAUGUUUUUGUGUGAUAUUGUCAGCACAUUCAACUUUGUACAGAACAAAGUAUCUAAUGAGAAUAUUUCAUUCAUUCAGAUCUAAAAUGUGUUAUUUGAGUGUUCCCUUUAUUUUUUGAGCAGUGUAUCAUCCUCUCAUGAAAUAUCACUUUAUGGUUUCUUUUCUCUGCUCAGAGAAUGAGACCAAAUUUUAGGCACCUACAUGACUCAUGUAGAGACUGCACUCCAGACGGCAAAUCUUUGCACUAGAGAUUGGGUUUGAACAGAAGUUACAGACUUGUUCUUGUCACAUGGCCCAUCUUCUUACUUCAGAUCAAAUAAACGGUCCUCUUCACUAACUAGCCUUUGAUAUUUCAAUGCAUACGAUUGCUUUAUUGACCGUUGUUGUCCAGCCUCACUUUGUAAAACAAGCAAUGAUUUGCUCCAAGUGUUCUUUGUGGUGUUUUUAGCAAAACUAUGAAAAAGAAACAUGCAGCUCUGCCUCUGAUGCCGGAUGUUGCGCAGUCAGGCAGGUUCUGGCCGCCUCAGCUUGCUCUUAGUCUGCCGCUGCUGAUUGUGGUAGAGAUGUCCUGUUUCCGUGCAGUGAUAUGAAGUCUAGUAACUGUCAGGGGUUAUCACCUCCCCGUGUUGUUUCUUUGGGCCAGUAAGAACACCUGAACUCUUUACAUCAGUAAGCAUGACUUACUUAAUCAAGCAUUAGUUGCUUUUGGAUCUUGAUUCUUUUUCUUGGUUGUUCUCUUCUGUCAUGUAAUCACUUGACUUUGCAUUCAAUAAGUACACAUUGAUGUUGGUAACUUAAGAUUUUCUUGGUUUCUAAACAUGUAUAAGAGAACAUACAUUAAACAUGAUCAAAGUGUC